GCACCCAAGUCCCCACUGCUACAUACAGGACCAAAGGCAGGCAAGGACUAGGAAAAAGGAGAGGAGGCUGGAGACAGGCUGCCAGAGGGCUCAGCUCACUUCCCUGUCCCAACGCUGUCCACCUACUGCUGUGGCCACAGCAACAGAAGAGACAGUUAGCAGGACAGGAAGUGAGGCCCGGUACCUUGUGGACAGUGGUGUCAUUAGCUGUGACAUCUAAGAUGUCUCGAGAGAUGGAAGAGCUCACCCAAACAAGGUUACAGAAGAUCUGGAUUCCACACAGCAGCGACAGCAGUGGGCUGCAACGGAGGAGGGGCUCAACCAUACCCCAGUUUACCAAUUCCCCCACAAUGGUGAUUAUGGUGGGUUUACCAGCUCGAGGAAAGACUUACAUCUCUACGAAGCUCACCCGGUAUCUGAACUGGAUAGGAACACCAACUAAAGUGUUUAAUUUAGGCCAGUAUCGACGAGAGGCAGUUAGCUACAAGAACUACGAAUUCUUUCUUCCAGACAACAUGGAGGCCCUACUUAUCAGGAAGCGGUGUGCUCUGGCAGCCCUGAAGGAUGUUCAUGAUUAUCUCAGCCGUGAGGAGGGCCAUGUUGCGGUUUUUGAUGCCACCAACACUACCAGAGAACGACGGUCACUGAUUUUGCAGUUUGCUAAGGAACAUGGUUACAAGGUGUUUUUCAUUGAGUCCAUCUGUAAUGACCCUGGUAUCAUUGCAGAAAACAUCAAGCAAGUGAAACUCGGCAGCCCUGAUUAUAUAGACUGUGACCGAGAAAAGGUUCUGGAAGACUUUCUAAAAAGAAUUGAAUGCUAUGAGCUCAACUACCAACCCCUGGAUGAUGAACUGGACAGCCACCUGUCCUACAUCAAGAUCUUCGACGUGGGCACACGCUACAUGGUGAACCGAGUGCAGGACCACAUCCAGAGCCGCACAGUAUACUAUCUUAUGAACAUCCACGUCACACCCCGCUCCAUCUACCUAUGCCGGCAUGGUGAGAGUGAACUCAACCUCAGAGGCCGCAUUGGAGGUGACUCUGGCCUCUCAGCUCGGGGCAAGCAGUAUGCUUAUGCCCUGGCCAACUUCAUUCAGUCCCAGGACAUCAGCUCCCUGAAAGUGUGGACCAGCCACAUGAAGAGGACUAUCCAGACUGCUGAGGCCCUGGGCGUCCCCUAUGAGCAGUGGAAGGCCCUGAAUGAGAUUGAUGCGGGUGUCUGUGAGGAGAUGACCUAUGAAGAAAUCCAGGAACAUUACCCUGAGGAAUUUGCACUACGGGACCAAGAUAAAUAUCGCUACCGCUAUCCCAAGGGAGAGUCCUAUGAGGAUCUGGUUCAGCGGCUGGAGCCGGUUAUAAUGGAGCUAGAACGGCAGGAAAAUGUACUGGUGAUCUGCCACCAGGCUGUCAUGAGGUGCCUCCUGGCCUACUUCCUGGAUAAGAGCUCAGAUGAGCUGCCGUAUCUCAAGUGCCCUCUGCACACAGUGCUCAAACUCACACCUGUGGCUUAUGGAUGCAAAGUGGAGUCCAUCUACCUGAAUGUGGAGGCCGUAAACACACACCGAGAGAAGCCUGAGAAUGUGGACAUCACCCGAGAUCCUGAGGAAGCCCUGGACACUGUCCCUGCCCACUACUGAGCUCUCUCCAGGAAGUCAAACUACCUCUUUCCUGACUGUCUUCCACCUUUAGAAGCUUCUAUCCUUGCUCUUCUACACUUAGAAGACUUUGGAUUUGGUCUCACUGGGAGACCCUGCUUCCAAUGAAGAAGCCCUCAGCAGUUCCAAAACAGAUGUCGAUUUCUAGCUACAACCAAGGGGCUGUCUAGCUCUGGAUGAAACUUUUUCCUUAAUUUUCAUUCUCUGAUCAAUGAAAACUUCUCUUACUGCCUCUAAGAGGGGAGAGGUGGUCAUUGUGAGGCUUCUCCCACAGGAUCAUCUUAAGAUCCUGACCCCGCAAAGUGGCUCUGGUGCUGUGGGGAUGUGGAAUGGAUGAGAGCUUCCUGGAGGAAAGACUUCUGGGAGGAGAUAGGUCUCUGUGUCUGCCUAUGGGCUUUGUUCCUUGGUGGGCAGUGUUCCUGGGCCACGACACCAUCAUCCCUAUACUCAGAGAAGCUGUACUUGGACCACAGUGCUCCUGUCUUCUCCAACUCUUGCUGCCAUUCUGAGUGUUAUCACUGUCCAUGUAAAUAAUCCAAAGAAUACCCUAAGCCUCCCAGUCCCCCUCAACUCCAUGACCACCCACUCCCUGGACAUUGGCACCAUGUAGACUUCUCCCCAGUGUGACUUCUUAAAUACAUGCAUCCCACUAUCUGACCACAGACCCACAGUUCUUACAACUUUCUGUGUCAUGCACAGGAUCUCUAGCAGCGUGCCUUCUAUACAGCAGACAUGCACAUAGUAUUUCUGGCCAGGUACCAGUAACCCAGUGCUGAAAAGACAAACUUAUACAGUAUUUUCUGGUACUCUAGCCCACCCCACCUUCUCAGGGAUUGCCUACUUCAGUCAAUUCAUGACUAUUCUUUUUCUAUCUCCUGUCCUUUUCUAUUGGCUUUUGCCCCGACGGUCUCUGCAACAUGGUCAGGUCUCUCUCCUAUCCCAAUAAAACUCUCCCUUGUUCCUGUGUCACCCUCUAAUUACCGCCCCCCCCCCUCCAUUCUUACACAAACAUCUCAAAAUGAAUGUAUAAUUACUGUCCAGAACCUUCUCCCUGUGCAUUCUGUUCCAGGCUUUCCCCCUCCAUAUCUUUGUUCAUAUUCCUGCCAUGCUUUCCCCAGGUCUGUAUCCCACUGAAGUAAUCCUUUCCUUUUAGCCAAAAGCUGGACUCCACAUUUCCCAAAGAGCUAUGCCGAUCUUUAGCUCUUCUAUGAACUCAAAAUGUCACUCACAACAAUUAAGCAUAAUAAAGAAAGAAAACAACUCCAGUUCAUUUUGCAAAUUUAAUGGAACGCUGAUACCAAAGUACAACAACAGCACACAGAAAGCGAACAAGAAAGCAGGACUGGCAACUGGAUUUUUCAUAGCAUGUCAACCUCAGCUGAUGGGUAGUAUCUGCUUAGACUGCUGGGUGGACAAAGAUCCCAGGGAUGUUCCUUGGCUUCAUGGGAAGAAGGGACUGCUGCAGCUCAUUAGCGGGAUCUGUAAAUGUGGGUCAUAAACCUGAAAACAAAACGCCAAAAAGGAACAUAUUUUAGCAUCAAAUAUACUGUUUUCUCAUACUUCCUCCACUGUCUUCAUCUCCCCACCCUGCCCUCCCACCUCGGGGUUUCUUAUAACAUUUCCCAGAACUUAUAUGCAUACCCACGGGCCUUGGCUAUGGAAAUGCUGUAAUUACCUGAAACCUCACUAGCCAUAGGAGAAGCUACAGGCACCAAGGCUGGUGGCUCCACCACCAAAGGGAGCACCGUUGCUCGGUCCACCGCUGAAGCCAGCACCGGUGUUCAGUCCACCGCCGAAGCCAACGAUAGAACUGGGUCCACCAUUGAAGCCAAUGCUGGUGCUGGGUUCGCCAGUAAAGCCAAUACUGGUGUUGGAACCACUGCCAAAGCCAAUGAUGGUACUCAGUCCUCCGUCGAAGCUGGUAUUAGGCCCACCACCAAAGCCAUCACUGAUGUUGAGGCUACCACUAAAGCCAGCACUGGUGCCAAGUGUGCUGCCAAAACCAGCAUUGGUGCCCAGUCCUCCACCAAAGCCAUCGCUGGAGAUCAGUCCGCCACCAAAGCCAGCACUGGUGCCUAGUCCACCAUUGAAGCCAGUGCUGGUGCCUAGUCCACCAUUGAAGCCAGUGCUGGUGCUCAGUCCACCACCAAAUCCAGUGCCGGCACUUAACCCAUCGCCAAAGUUAAAACCCACACUGGUGCUAAGCCCGUUACCAAAACUGGCACUGGUAGCUCCACCAAAGCAGGCGCUGGUGCUAGGAGGGCCACCAAAGCAUAGGUUGGUAUUAGGCACAUUACCAAAGAAACUGGUGCUGGGACCUGCACCAAAGCCAAUGCUGGCGCUAGGGGCACUUGCAAAGUCAGUAGUGGUGCUAAGUGCCCCCGUGAAGUCAGCACUAGUGCUGAACAUACCGCCAAAGCCAGAGUUGGUGGUGGGUGCACCACCGAAGCCGGGGCUACCACCAACAGCACUGCUGAAACCAGCACUGGUGUUGAGCGCACCGCCAAAGCCGACACUGGUGCUGAUUGCACCACCAAAGCUAGCACUAGGAUUGGGAGAGCCACUGAAGCAGAUGCUGGUGCUCAGUGUGCUGCCAAAGUCAGCAAUGGUGCUGGAAGAGCCACUGAACGAGACACUGGUGCUGAGGAUGCUAUCAAAACCAGUGCUGGUGCUCGGAGAGCCACCGAAGUAGAUACUAGUACUGAGCGUGCCACCAAAGCUGGCACCAGAGUUGGGAGAGCCACCAAAGCAGACACUAGUACUGAGUGUGCCACCAAAGCCAGUGCUGGUGCUAAGUGCACCGCUAAAGACGGCACCGGUGCUGGGGGCACUGCCAAAGCUGGUACUGGUAAUGAGAGCACCACUGAAGCCAGCAGUGGUGCUCAGUGUGCCUCCAAAGCCAGGGCUGGCCCCGCCACUGAAACUGGUACUGGUGAUGAGUGGGCCACUGAAACUAGAGCUGACCCCACCACCAAAGCUGGCACUGGUAUAAGGUGUGCCACCAAAGCUAACGCUGGCUGUGCUGCUGAAGCUGGCACUGGUGCUGGGUGUGCCACCAAAGCUAAUGCCAGUUCUGCCACCAAAGCCACCACCACUGGGGCUGGGUGCACCACUGAAGCUAAUGCUAGCACCAUUGUGGAAGCUAGCUGCGGUGCCAGCUCCUCUGCUGAAGUCGAUGUUGGUGCUGGCAUCUGCAUUUUCGUGGGCUCUGGCCUCAAUUUCAAAUGAAAAUCUGCUCCACGCCUGAGUAUCAUCGCCUAACUCUUCCCGUGUUAGGCAGUCGAUAUCCAUGUCAUCCCAAUUCCAGGGCCCAGCCACAGCUUCCUCUCCAAUUCCCAUUUGGGCUCUUGCCUCAGCCCUGGCCUCAGCCUCAGCCACAGCCACAGCUGCAGCCUGGACUUCCAUCUCCACCGCCUCCCGGUACUGAGCAGCCCAGUCCUUGGGGUCUUUCUUCUGCACCUGAAAUGGGAAUGAUAAUCAUUAUAAGGAAAAUAACCUUAUAAUUAUGUAUUAAGUGCAUAUUAUGGGCUUGGUAUAAAACUAGUAGCAAUGUUUUUCAAGACUAUCAUGGGUCAGUCUUGAGAUCCAAUUUUAGCUCUAAUGACUUAGGUACUGUGUGACCUUGGAUAAGUUACUUAACCUUAUUGAGCCCAAGUGUCUUCAUCUGUAAUAUGGGAAGUGAUAAGAGAGUAAAUGUGUUAUGGAUUAACUGCUGUGUCUCCCAAAAAUUCAUAUGUUGAAGCACCAGCCCCCAAUGUGACUGUAUUUGGAGAUCGGGCCUUUACAGAGGUCAAGUUAAAUGAAGUCAUAACGGUGCGACUGUGAUCCAAUAGGAUUAGUGUCCCCAUAAGAAGAGGCUCUCUCUCCACCAUCUUAGGACACAGUAAGAAGGCAUCCAUCUGCUUUCCAGGAAAAGAGACCUCAGCAGAAACUAACGCUGUUAUACCUUGAUCUGGUACUUCUAGCCUCCAGGAUUAUGAAAAAAUAAAUUUCUGUCAUUUAAGCCA